CGCUCCAGUUGUUCAGUGAGACUUUGUUUUAUCCGCCGACGUCAUUCAUCUGGUCUGGACAGCGAGGCGCGAGGCAGACCUCUCCUCCUCUCCGUCGUUAAUUGUGUUUCCUACCGACUGACAACUUGUUUGUCUUUAGCGCAAUUGGCUGCCCAUGGGCGCUGCUGUUUGCGCACUCUGCUGCUCCACCGGCUGGGCUGUCCGGUGUGCCUCUGCGGUCGGUCGGGACGGUAUCGGGCUCCGCUUUUAUGAAUGAAUAACGAGACCUGGGGGGAGAAAUGCGAGUGACUGCGAAACUCCCCAGCAGCCGAGCUCCCGGGGGGCCGGCCACCGAUGAGAGGGAUUAACGGCGGAGCGGAGCCGCGGCUCAUUGCGGAAAAAAAGCCGAGUCUGACUGCAGACUGGCGUGGAAACGCACCGUGAGGGAAACGGGCUCCAUAGCGUAGAGCAGCGGAACAAAACCGCGGUGACCACAAUGUCCAUUCACAUUGUGGCUCUGGGCAGCGAGUGCCCUGGAGGGGUCGGGCCUGGGGAAGAGAUCAUGGGCCAGGGGCAGCUGCAGGGAGGCCUGCUGUGGAGCUACCUGGGUCACGGAGCGCUGGUCGGACCCUGCGACCUGGAGAGCAGCCUGCACAACCCGGCCUUCAUGGAGUACACCUCACGUGUCUUUGGAGAUGUCACUGUAGUGGUUCGGGAUUGUCCCAGCUGGGACCUGCUGGACAGCGACUGGGCCAGCGUGCGGAAGGUUCUUGAGCAGGCAGAUAUCCUGGUCAUUAAAUAUUCAGUCACAGACAAACUGGCCUUCCAGCAAGUCAGGAACGGUUACGCCCCGAGACUCCGCCCACUACUGAGGCACUGGGGUGUGCCUGUCAUCCUGGUCGCUGUUGGAGCGCGGCUGAAUGAUGAAGGCCCUCCCUGUACGUGUCCGCUGUGUGCGUCUGACUGGAGCAGCUGUGUGCCUCACAGUGAAGGUCUGCAGCUGUCCCGGGACCUGGGGGCCACCUACCUGGAGUUGCCCUCUCUCAACCAUGUGUUCGUGGGCCGUUACUUUGGCAGCGUGCUGGAGUACUUCAUGAUUCAGUGUCUGAAACACAAAGCCAAAGAGAGGCCAGAGAAGAGGCGAGGAAAUAAAGUGAACGAGCUUCGUCCACCUCACUUGGAACAACCAGCACGUCUUCCCCCUAUACGUGUGGAGGAAUCAAGCUUCUCCCAGGACAUGCAGUGGUUGUUGGAGCGUGGCGUGCAGUUUGCCGAUGUGGCUUUCUAUGCUGGGGACUCUGGGAAAGAACUGGGGUGGGCGCACGCGGCUGUGCUGUGUGCUGUCAGCCCGUACUUCAGACAGCUGCUCCUGGGGCCCAAGACCAGGGAACGUCCCCAGUCGCGGUGUGUUUGCAGAGAGCGGGAUGGAGGACCCCAUUCGCUGCUCUCCACCUGGGACGGUGGGAUUAUUGAUGACAUGCCACGAUCAGAGGGACACCUGACUGGACGGCUGUCUCGUCUAGUGGUGAAGGACCCCCUCCUGUGUAUGUGCUUGUGGGAGACUCUCAUGUUCAUUUACAGAGGAGCGUGGGAGUGGGAUCACCUCCAAGAGGCCCUGGAAGAGAAGUUGAAGAACUCGCUGGCCGUGGCUCAGCUUAUGGAGCGCAUACGAUCACUCAUCGGCAGAGAGAGGGGCGCCAGGGACACCCCAAGUGCACGGACGGCUCAGCUCGGCCCCCAGACUCUCGUCAACCUCUUCAACUCCCCUCUUUACUCUGAUGUCAUCUUCAUGGUGCAAGGGAGUGUAUUGCCAGCCCACCGAGCAGUGCUGGUAGCGCGCUGUGAUGUCAUGGCGGCCAUGUUCAGUGGGAAGUAUGCAGAGGCCCGGAGCCGAGUGGUGCCCAUCCAUGGUGUCUCCUCAGAUACUUUCCUGUCCUUCCUGGAGUACCUCUACACUGACUCCUGCUGUCCUGCCAGUGUGCUGCAGGCCAUGGCCGUGCUCGUCUGCGCCGAGAUGUACCAGGUGAAACGACUGCAGCACCUGUGUGAGGUGUGUGUGUGCGCUUACCUUCAGAGCAUGCCCAGUAGAGAGCUGUCAUCAACAGGUAUCAGCGUGGUUCGACUACUCCGCCGAGCAAAGUGUCACAACGCAGAGCAGCUGUACGUCUGGCUCCUCCACUUCAUCGCCAACAACUACCUGAUCUUCAGUCACAAACCUGACUUCCUGGAGCUCUCAGAGGAGGAGCGUGAGCAGGUGGAGAGGCUACGCUGGCCGUCCAGAGGCUACCUGCAGGAGCUCAGCGAGUACCAGCAGCGGCGACGCAAACUACGCAAGUCCCGCUGCAUAGUCAUGUGA